AACUUUAAAUUAUUCAAAAUGGUGUUCAACCAUCCUGAAUAUAUUAUUGGAUAUAAGUUUAUGGAGAUGUGUUUUGCAUCCGUCGCCAUUGUCAACAUUUAGAUUAUCGCCAUGGUGGAUGUAAAGGACUUGAAAAGUGCAAGGCUCAUUGCCAUAGGCCACAUUGUGGUUGGAAUAUUGCUUAUUGUAUUCGGAAUUGUGGACCGCGUCGAGGGAUAUUUUUGGACCGGCGAAGGAUGUUUUGGAAUAUGGUGCGGCGUUUGGAUGAUUGUCACAGGAUCUCUUGGGAUUCCAGGUAGUAACAGAGAAAGGAACUCAUCAAGCCAAGCUUUUGCUGCUGCUUUUAUGGGUUGUGCCAUCACCUCUGCUGUGUUUGGAGGAAUAAUAAUCAUCUGUUUCAGUAUUUCUAUUGCAAUGUAUCGUACUUCUCCUUGGUAUGAAGAUGAUUUUUAUCAGCGCUACUGGUACAACUAUGAUGCAGAAAUGGCUGUUACAGUAAUCACAUUGAUUCUUGGUAUUGUUGAGUUUGGCAUUGGAAUCUGGGCUGCAGUUCUGUGCUGUAAUAUGAAUGCUUGCCAGUGCUGUGCUGUUCAAGGAGGCCAGGCACCCUCAAUGGUUUAUGUGAGCAACCAAGGCAUGGUGUAUGGUGCUGGGGGUGCUCCCAUGGGAAUUCCUGUGCAAACAGCAGGUGGUGUCGUAAUGGUUCCAGUAUCCUCUUCAGGGGGUGUAGGAGGCCAUCCUCAAACAGUUCAAAUGCCAGGAGGUGGUGUAAUGCAAGUAGUCACUCAGCCACAAAUGUACCAAGCUCCUAUAUCUGGGGCUGUGAGCAUGCAGCCUCAAAUGAUCCAGGUGCCAACAUCUGGAGCUGGGGCUGUGAGCAUGCAGCCCCAAAUGGUCCAGGUACCAACAUCUGGAGCUCAGGGAGGUCCAGCUCCAAUGGUCCAGGUUCCACCAACAGGAAAUCCCCAAGGACCUCCUGAGUUUGUCAGGGUCACCACUGAUGGACCAGUGCCAGAAGAGAAGGUACCACUUCCUUAACUAAUUGCAGGUUCCAAUAGCUCUUUGUGGAGAUCAACGGACAAGCACGGAUGAUGAUGCUCACUAUUGUUUAAAUGCACCACACGUGGCAAAAGUGACACAUGUAUUUUGAAUGGUCAUCUUUGAGUUAUUAGACGUAGAGUGAAAAACUGGAAAGUAGAUAAGAUAGAUUGAAAACCAUAUAUGCGGCUGUUUUGAUAAAGGUGCUCAGGAAAAUAGCAUACAAAUGCACAUAACAAGCCCUAAAGGCAUUGUGGGUGCUUUUCAGGCCACGGUUCCGUAACCCUUUAACUCUCAAAAGUGGUCAACAUGAAACUUCUCCUUCUAAUGUUUUUCAUUAUUCAGCAAACAGAUGAUGAGAAUUUUCAAACUUAUCAGGUAGAAGUUGUUAUCUUGAUCGAACAAAAAAUUCUUAUUACUAAGUUACAAGGAAAUGUUUAACAGCUAGAGGGGAGAAAUAACAAUAAGAUCCUGGGAGUUAAAGGGUUAAACUCAGGAUUUCAGGGAAAUCUGAGAAAACAUCGCAGUAAGGACGAGGCAUUGCAGGUUUGGUUAAUUAAUUAAUUUAUUUAUCUGACUUCUAAAAAUUAAUAUAUUGCCAGAUACUUAGAUUACUCUUCGAGAUUGUCGCGUCCUUUUUCUGACAAACUUUUUUAAAACAGCUGUUCACUGCACUGUGUUAUUUAUCCCCAGCUAAUUGGUGAAUUUUACUAGACUGUAAAACUGGUCGUAAUAAAAUCUGGAAUGCAAAACAUUUCCAUGAAAUAAAGGC